AUGGAUUACGACGAUAUACUUUUCGGCUUGCAACCAUUACUAAAUGCGCAAUCGAUUACUGAUAUUCCAUUACAAUCGGUUUACUUGGACAGUUAUCUUACUGUUCUAGAUCAAUUGGCUGUUAGUUUGAGAUCCCCUUCAAACCGGGACAUUGUAGGACAAACUGGUCUGCUCUCGAAUUUACUAAGAGUUGUUUCAGAUGUCCUAGAUAUGUGUUUCAAAGAGGAUACAUUAAGCAGUGCGAAGAUAGCAUAUUUUAGGUUAGCUAAUGAGCUAAUUAGAUGUAUAGCCAAUUCUGUGGUGGAUAAUGACUCCAACCGAUGCAUAUUUAUUGGGGGACCAACAGAAAGUGAUCUGGAUAAGAGGAAUAUAAUAAUUGAUUACUACACCGGCAGAAUCCUAACCUUAAUGGAUUUACCUAAUGGUGCCGACGAGGAUUUACUUUCGUCAUUACAAACCAAAACGAUAAUAUUAAUAAGAAAUUUAUGUUUAGACAAUGAAGUAUACUAUAAGAGAGUUGCAAAAUAUGUCAGAGGCCCUCUAUUUUCCCUCCUUAAACUUAGCCAACAUGUAUUUUUGGACGAUAUAGAAACUGUGGUGUUAAGCUCUGAGUUAUUAGAAGAAUUAAUCGAGGUAUAUUCCGAUGGCUUCACAAUACAUGACAUACUAUUUUUUGCACAGACAAUCUCACUUGUAGCGAAGACUGUACCAGAUGAUAUUGUAAUCUCUGAAGAAAAGGACCACGAGAAUGAAAUCGAAGAAGAUCUUAGUGUGGAGUUAUUAUUCAAUGUCAUACAAAGUUUAGAAAUUAUUGUCACGAAGAAUGAUCAAGAUGGAAUAAAAUACAAAGGAUUAGAUGACAUAGUUUCUUUUACUCAGAAAGCAUUAUUUCAGGCGUUGAAUAUCCUAGGACGCAAAGAAUUUCAGAAUAAGAUGAUAACAAUGAGACGACUUGUAUCUAUUGUUGGUUUUAUUUCAGCUAACGAAGGUGUCUCAAAUAAAAUUGAUCAAAAAAUGUCUAUUGAAGUUAUAAAGGAUCCUUCAGAUGGCUAUUCUUUAGCUGCAGCCUUUAUUAUUUUAUCAAAUUCUGUUAAUUCCAGAGGGGACUCAGAUGGGUUACUGAAAAACUUGAAUAUUGAAAGUAUAAUUGAAGGCACAACAGGGAAGUUUACAGACCCGAUGCAAUUCUCUGGAUUCCUAGAUCUUUUGAGAAAACUAUUGAAUACAUCCAACACAAUACUAUUAUCUACGAAUACUCUAGCCACACUUAUUAUCACAUUAAAAAUAUGUCAUGAUCAAACGAAAUACUUCCAAAGUUUGCUUCCAUUGCUAUCGAAUCUUCUGAAGAAGUUGGUCACAGUUUUACCAAGUAGUUCAAUUUAUUAUCUGGUGAAUGACGAAAAUACAUCUACUCCAAGCUUGGAAAUCGUCUUAAACUCUGGAUCUCUCAUUGCUUGUCUGGUUCUAGAUAAACUAUUGAUAUCAAGAAAGACCACAAAUGAAGAUAUCCUAAUAAAACUAUGGGAAUCAGUAUUUAGUUUCCAAAAUUCAUCGAAUUCUAACGAAGGGUUGACCAUUGAUAUCUUAUUCCAAAUCACGAAGACAAUUGGUAUAUAUUUAAAGAAUUGUGAUAUGGGGUCAAUUUCUAAUAAUUAUCUAAUGGAACACCAAUUGGAUGAACUAGUAGUAAUUAUGAAUACAAUCUUAGAUAUGAAGGACAAGAAAGAAAAUGGAGUUGAGAGUGUACUUAACAAUGGUAAGUUUAUUGCCGGUAUGAUAUUGAACCUCUCAAAAACAAAAACCACUCUGACAGAGGAUGAACAAAACUUAAAAGAAAUCGCUUCUAGAUUCUUUUAA